AUGUCAUUUGAGGGCCGCGACGGCGCCGGGCCGGCCAUGCUGGCUACGGGCACGACGCGGAUGGCGUCAGGGCGCCCGGAGGACCUGUGGGAGGCCGUGGUGGGGGCCGCUGAGCGUUUCCGAGCCCGGACCGGCACGGAGCUAGUGCUGCUGACAGCUGCUCCGCCCCCCCGUCCGGGACCCUGCACCUAUGAGGCCCAUGGCCGGGGAGCCUUGGCCGAGGCUGCCCGACGCUGCCUCCAUGACAUUGCCCUGGCCCACGGGGCGGCAGCAGCUGCCCGGCCCCUUGUGCCCCCACCAGUGCCACAGCCUUCCAGCCCUGCUCGGAGCCCACCCCGGCCUGCCCUUGCACGGGAGGAAGAUGAAGGGGAGGAGGAGCCAACCGAGACAGAGACCUCAGGGGAGAGGCUGGGUGUCAGCGACAAUGGAGGACUCUUUGUGAUGGACGAGGAUGCCACUCUCCAGGACCUGCCCCCCUUCUGUGAGUCAGACCCCGAGAGCACUGAUGAUGGCAGCCUGAGCGAGGAGACCCCCGCUGGCCCCGCAGCCUACUCAGUGCCCCCAGCCGCAGCCUUGCCCACACAACAGUACGCCAAGUCCCUGCCCGUGUCUGUGCCAAUCUGGACCUUCAAGGAGAAGAGGACAGAGGCGCGGUCAUCAGAUGAGGAGAACGGGCCGUCUUCCUCGCCGGACCUGGAUCGCAUCGCAGCAAGCAUGCGUGCGCUGGUGCUGCGGGAGGCUGAGGACACCCAGGUCUUUGGAGAUCUGCCACGACCGCGGCUUAACACCAGCGACUUUCAGAAGCUGAAGCGGAAAUACUGA